CUAUUCGUCUCAUGUGCACAGCCUGGGUGUGGCCUUGGAUCGCCACUCAGUUUCUUUCACUCGUUUUCUAAAACGCUGUUACAGGGAAUAAAUACUGAAACGUGACAGACAGAGAUACAAUUUCAUACAACGACCUUGAACGCCUUGAAAUGUGCCACAGUACAGGCUAAAGUGCUCUUGAAUGCGCCCACACUUUCAGCAAUUUCUGAGAUUCUCAUCUCUGUUUCGACUCGUGUCCAUAAGUCCUUUCCGCCAGUAGUGUGAAGGAAGGGGCAGGCAUUUACAGAGACAGAGGAGGAAAAUCAAGGUGACGCACAAACAUGGGAUUCCUGGGGCUGCUCAAGACUCAGUUAAUUUGCCACCUCGUCAUCUGUUCCGUGUUCCUGCUCAGUGGCCUCUUGAUCAACCUCUUGCAGCUGUGCACUCUGCCCCUGUGGCCUGUCAACAAACAGCUAGCUCGCAAGGUCAACUGCAGGCUGGCAUACUGCAUCAGCAGCCAGAUGGUGGCAUUGCUGGAAUGGUGGUCUGGGACUGAAUGCACACUGUACACAGAUCCAAAGUCUUUCCCGUUCUAUGGCAAAGAAAAUGCCAUUGUUAUCCUCAAUCACAACUUUGAGAUAGACUUCCUUUGUGGCUGGACAUUCUGCGAAAGGUUUGGUGUUCUAGGGAGUUCAAAAGUCUUGGCCAAGAAAGAGCUUGCCUAUGUACCAAUCAUUGGCUGGAUGUGGUACUUCCUGGAGAUAGUCUUCUGCAAGAGAAAAUGGGAAGAGGAUCGCAGUAUGGUGGCCAGCAGCCUCCAGCGUCUUCGAGACUAUCCAGAGAACUUCUGGUUCUUAAUGCACUGUGAAGGCACCCGCUUCACCCCAAAGAAGCACAAGAUUAGCAUGGAGGUUGCGGAGAAAAAAGGGCUGCCCAAACUCAAGCACCACCUCCUGCCUCGGACCAAAGGCUUCUGCGUCACAGUCCAGAACCUCCGGGGAAAGGUUACUGCUGUGUACGAUUCUACACUUAAUUUCAGAAACAACCAAAUUCCAACUUUACUCGGCGUGCUUAAUGGAAAAAAGUAUCAUGCGGAUCUAUAUGUGAGGCGGAUUCCUCUGGACACAAUCCCAGAGGAUGAGUCUGAAUGUGCUGCUUGGCUCCACAGACUCUAUCAGGAAAAGGACAGGUUCCAGGAUGAGUACACGCAGACGGGUCAUUUUCCUGGGCCUGUGGUGAGCCCACCGCGCAGGCCCUGGUCGCUGCUCAACUGGCUCUUCUGGCUGGGCCUGCUCCUUGCCCCUCUGUGCAUGCUGCUGCUACAGCUUCUGCAGUCAGGCUCGGCUCUCACCGUGGCAACCACUGCAGUCUUCUGCCUCGCAGCUUCAGCCGGCGUUCGCUGGAUGAUAGGACAGACUGAGAUCAACAGAGGCUCCAGCUACGGAAACAAAGAGGUUCCACUUAAUAACAAUGACUAAGGGAGCGAACUGACCAGCCAGAACAGCAAACAAAAAAAUGGAGAGGAAAAAAAAUAAAAUAAAAAAAUUAUAUAUAUAUAUAUAUAUGUAAAAAUAAACUCAACCGCAGUUGUAAUUGGACUGAGGUGCUCUUGCAUCAGUUUACAGCAGACCGACUCCUCCAAUCGGAAACGGACAAAGCAAAAGAACUCAAUGCGAAAAAGAGAAGCAAUGAGAUGCACCGGGUGGAAACAGCAGACAUGGGCAGUGGAGAUGAGGUUCGCAAAGGUCCAACUUUAUGCAUCUCUGAACUUUCAAAGAGGGAACUCUAGGACACUGUUUAAAAACGGAUGUUUAUUCAUUAUUCUUUCUUUACAUUGCAAACACUGUAGGUGCCAGAGGACCAGAAACAUUGAUGCUUGAUUUUUAUAGCAGGGCUCUGCUACAAGAGGUUACUACAUACUGUUGGCAUAUGAGCAUAAAGUGAUCGUGUUGCCAUGUCAUUGGUCCAAACUGAAAAGAUGGGGGUGAGAUGUAAAUGUUUUCUCCAGAAAUUGUAGGAAAAGACAGAUUUGACCACCUACUUAUGUGGGAGUGUGAGGUGGGUGUGUUUGUUCGUGUAUGUGUGUUUUCAGCAGCAGAGAGGAAUUCAGCCUCACCCGUUCCUCUUGUUGGCUGGGUACACUCCUGCACCCUGCUCUUAAAGGCACGCCAUUGGCCAGUUGGAGGAGUGGGCCAGUACAGCACAACUUAUAAUAGGCUUAAAUAUGACUAAACAAUUGGCUUUGCAGCUGGGCAAAAAAUAAAACAAACACACUAUACAAUAUUAAAAAGAUUCCCUUCACUGACGUUCAAACCUCUCUACUUAACAUUGCAUACAUGGCAUGGGAGGGCGACUCACAAUAACUUAAAAGACCCCCUCAGCAGUGAUUACAUUAAACUCGUAUGUUCUGUCCAACUCUACUAUCACACUCAUCCUUUGUGCUUCGAGUGGGACCAGCUUUCCAACAAAGUGCCUUUUUGCUUAUUUUUCUUCUUUCCUUUAUUUAAAACAAACAGUCCUGUUGCUUGUUACUCAGAAUUCGUCUCCACCGAGACAAGUGGCUUGGCAGUAACCUUUAUACAAAACAAAUCCUAACCUUAUCCUUACAUUAUGUACAAUGUGUGUCCCGCUGCAGUCACACCCUUGCGGCUACUCCGCCCAUCCCUGCCCAGUUAAUCCAGUUAAUAAACUGUA